UAUAAUGUGUGUGCUGAGUCCAUUCAAAAUACUUGACAUUCAAGCAAAAUGAAAUUGUGGAAAUCAAAGAAGCCCAUUGGCGGCUGUGUGCCGGGAAAAUCCAGUGCUCUCAAACAGGAACAGGAGCUUGCAACCAAACAGCAACUGCAGCUGCAACAACAGCAACAGGAGUCCAAUAAUAUUGCGCUGGCGCCAAUGCUUUCGGUUGAACGUGCGAUGAGCCCGGCACAGUCGGAAGACUCUGGACUGGCACCGGAAAGGGGCACAACAUAUACAACGAUCACGUUGCCACGCAAUGCCCUCAAUUUGGCCAUCAGUUUUGCAGAGCGCAAUGAUCUAUCCUAUCCACCGGUAAUUGGGGCACUCAAUCCAGUGGGUCAUGCUGCCGAUUUUCUGCUGCCCGGCGAUCGGCUCCAUCAGAUCGAUGGCAUCUCAACGAUUGGCAUCAGCAACCAGAAGAUUAUGAACAUGUUGUGCUCCAGUGGAGCAGAUGCGGCUCCAGCUAUUGUGGAGAUCGAAUACUCCCUACCCGAAUGCAUUUCGCAGAAUAGUUUGUAUGUUACCUCGAAACUGGCACAGAUCACCGUGGAGCGGGAGAGCGGCUGCCUGGGCCUAACGCUGCGAGGGGGCGGCGAUUAUCCGCUGAUCGUGACCCACGUAAGACUGCACGGCCCCGUCUAUAAGACGGGACGCAUCAAGCCCGGCGAUCGUCUGCUGCGCGUCGAUAAUAUCUCACUGAUUGGCAAGACCCUGGUCGAGGCGCAACAGAUCAUUAAAUGCGGCCACGUUUCCGGCUAUACAAAUCUCACCAUCGAAUAUGACGUAUCCGUUGUGCAGAACGUCGAGUUCUCGAUGGGACCGCUAAUCAUCGAAAUCGAGCGACCCAUGAACGAUAAACUGGGACUGGUGCUGUGCAACUAUUCAAGCGCCGGCACCGGCUCCAGCUCGGCGGGCACAGCGACCAGCAGCAGCAGUACCGAUCGUAUUGACGAGAUUACCCAAUCGGAUAUAUAUAUUGCUAGCAUACUACCCGCCAGUAUUGCCGAUCGCUGCGGCGCGUUAUCAGUUGGCGAUCAGGUGCUAUCCAUCGACGAGACAAUGAUUGAGAGCACGAACUACACUCCCGAUGAGGUCAUGACCAUGUUGGACACCAGCGGACGCGGCUACACACAAAUGCAGAUCAUGCCGGCUUAUGCAUUGGCGCGACGCGGUAUGACAUCGCUGGGCAGCCCCAAGUAUAGCUUCAGCACACUGGAAUCGCGUAAAUCGAGUGGCAGGCAGCAGCGACAGCGUUUCAUACGCAAGAGUUCGGUGACCCUGGAGGCGAAUGGAGCAACAGCCAGUCCCAGUCCCAAUCUCAAUCCCAAUCCCAGCCUGUGCCGGGCGGAGAGUUUUCCGGUGCUGCUCGACUGUAGUCAGGGCGCUGGCAUUGUGCUGGGAAAUGCGAGCAGUUGCGGCCGAGCCGUGACCAUUGCCCAGAUACUGCCCGAUUCUGUGGCGGAUCGCAGCGGUUGCAUGCAGUCCGGUGAUCGCAUUGUGGCCAUCAAUAAGAUGUAUAGCUUGGAUGCGGCGGCGAUGCGACAACUGCUCGAGGGUCGACCCGGCAAUGGUACGGCCGUGUUGCCCACGGCUGCCAACUGGCUGGAGCUGGAGGUGGAGUUCGAUAUGCCCGAUGCUGUGGUCCCCUCCAGCGGUGUCUUCAACGUCAAACUGCUGCGCGCCGGCAAAUGUGGCCUGGGUCUCAGUGUCAGCGGUUCGAGUGCCGGUCUGGUUAUAUCCGAUGUGAAAAUGGGUAGUCCGGCACAUCGUUGCGGCUCGCUGCGACCGGGCGAUAUACUGCUCGCUGUCGAUCAGCAUCCCGUGCAGCACUUCAAUGUGGAUGCCCUGCUCAAGGAGCUGCCCGCACAGAACCAAGCAGCAGCAGCACAAGCAGCAGCAGCAGCAGCAUCAGUUGGCAACACAUCAUCGAAUGCGGACUUCACCACACUGACCAUCAAGCGAGUGGUGCUGCCCGAUUUUCUGCCCAGUCCCAUUUACAGCAAUUGCAAUUAUAAUGAUUGCAUCUCGCUCAAGUCGAGCACCCCACAGCCGGACUACUUUCGCGCACCGAGUCUCGAUGAGACGGGCAGUCUGCAGUCCGUACAGCUGCGACAUCCGCCACAGUCGCAGCCACAGCCACAGCCGAAUGGUAUCUGGCCACCGGCGGCCAAUGGCUGCUCGACAAGUCGAUCCUUUGUUGGGGCAGCAAACACACAGAGUCUGACCACCGAGCUGCCCGAGGAGGACGACGAACUGGAUGAGGAACGUCGUGAAACGCAUCCAUAUGGUGGCUACGAGCUGAAUCGAUAUGCUAGCGUGGACUGCACAGCAUUGCCGCCGCCAAUGGAGAGCAAGGUGUACGGCUCGGCAGCCAGUUCGAGCAGCAAGAGUAGCGGGAGCAGCCUGCAUCAGAUCAUCUUCACGGUGCACCUGAUGCCAAUGGGCGGAUUGCUGGGCAUAACCCUGGCCGGCAGUGAGGAUAUAACCAAGCCGAUUACCAUUAGCGCCAUCGUCGAGGGCGGCAUUGCGCAUAAGAAUGGACAGAUUCGUGUCGGAGAUCAGCUGCUGGCGAUCGGCGAUCAUUCGGUGCAGGGCAUGUCGCUAUCGCAUGCCACCACUCUGUUGCACAAUCUGAGCAACGUUGUCGAUCUGAAAAUAAUGCGCAGUCACGACACCAGCAACAGUGGUGGCAGCGGCGCCAACUCCAACUUGCCGCAACAGACGCAGGCCAUCUAUGCGCGGGUGCAGCGGCGUCCUCGCAGUCCGUCGGCCAACACCGAGGCCAGUCUCAACAACAAUGCCUCAGAUGCACAACAGCAGCAGCAACAGCAGCAGCAGCGCAUCUUUCAUGUCACACUUUACAAGGAUAAGGUGUACGAUGAUUAUGGCUUCUCCGUCUCGGAUGGACUCUACGAGCGGGGCGUCUUCAUCAAUCGCAUUCGCAGCGGCGGCCCGGCGGACAUGUCCGGUCAGCUAAAGCCCUUCGAUCGCAUUAUGCAGGUCAAUGAGAUGAAGACGCAGGACUUUGACUGCUGUUUGACGGUGCCGCUGAUCGCAGUCGCCGGCGACAAGAUCGAGAUGAUUAUGCAGCGCAGCGAGUGAGGCGAUCCACAAACCACAAUCCACCAUCCACGAUCCAAAUCGAGAAUAAAAAAAAAAAAUCAUUUAUAUUUCUAUUUUAUUUUUUUUCAUAAUCUUUAACUAGUUGUAUCUUAAGUAUCUUAAUGCUAAGUGCCAUCUUAUCUGUAUCUAACUAUUGUCCCAUUUAUGAAAUCCUUUGUAAUUUCAAUCAGAUUUGUCUCGCGAUUUGCCUUAACUAAUUUUAACGACAAUAAGUUAUGCCAAGUGCCUGCAACUUUUUUAAAAAAUUUUUUUUUUAAUAUUACUUAAUAUACAUUAAUAUGCCAUCGAUCAUAACCAAAAAUAAAUAAUUGUGCAAAACGAGUUUCAUAUUUAAACUGUUGCUCCAUACAAGCAUAAUGCAUAAUUAUACAAUUAUUUUGUU